GGGGAUGUGUCGGAAGCCUUGAGGGCGAGUAGUGGGCGGAAGCACAAAAUGGCAGCCGGGGAGCAUUGCCUGUGCCCGGGAAAGUGGGCGUGGCCAAUCUCGAAUUACCUGUUGGCCGAAAGGAACCCGGUUCUCUCCCUCCCUCUGCAGUUCACGGAGGAGAAGCUGGGCCAGGCGGAGAAGACCGAGCUGGACGCCCACUUCGAAAGUCUCCUGACCCGGGCGGACAACACCAAGAACUGGACCGAGAAGAUCUUACGGCAGACGGAGAUCCUUCUCCAACCGAACCCCAGUGCCCGAGUCGAGGAGUUCCUGUACGAGAAGCUUGACCGGAAGGUGCCCUCUCGGGUGACCAACGGGGAGCUUUUGGCUCAGUACAUGAUCGAAGCCGCCGGCGACUUCGGCCCGGGUUCUCCUUACGGCAAAACUCUCAUCAAAGUUGGCGAAACCGAACGGCGUUUGGGAGGAGCCGAACGGGACUUCAUUCACGCGGCCUCCGUCAACUUCCUGAGCCCUCUGCGCAACUUCCUGGAAGGAGACUGGAGAACCAUUUCGGUGCGUCAGCGGGCGCGGGAAGGGCGGGUGAAGGGGGCCCUUAUGGAUGGAAGUGACUGCUCCACUUCCCUGCCAAAGCGAGGGUGGCUUUACAGGACCAAGACAUUGCCUGGACCCCGUGAAACGGAAGACACGUGUCGUUUUCUUAAGAUCGAAUUCAGUAUCCCCACCGGGGCCUUGCAAAACAUUUCAGACCGUCCCAACCAGACCCAAAACGCUUCCCAGGGGGCCAAAUCAGAGCUCGAACCUUUUGUGCUGACCCCCUUUCGAAUUCAGGACAUUUUAGAGUCGGGCGACAUCCGAGAUGAUGAUGAUGAUGAUGAUGACGACAGCGACAACGAUGCUGCUGUGCCCGACUUUCAGGAGACUAGACCGCGUAAUUACGUUCUCUCCGCCAGCGCAGCCGCGCUUUGGAGUGACGAGGUGGAAAAAGCUGAACAUGAGCUUCGACUGGCCCAGACGGAAUUCGACCGGCAGGCAGAAGUGACUCGCCUUCUCUUGGAAGGGAUUAGUAGCACGCACGUCAACCACCUCCGAUGUCUCCACGAGUUUGCAGAAGCUCAGACCACGUAUUUUGCUCAAUGCUAUCAGUACAUGCUGGACCUCCAGAAGCAGCUGAGCAGGCUGCCGGGGACGUUUGUGGGCAACGCAGAGUCCACGUCGCCCCCGCCGAACGCUGCAUCCCCGACGGCCAUGGCUGCUGCCACGGGCCCAGCGGUGCCCACUCUCCCCGUGGUGUCCACGAUUGCUGGGGCACCCAAUUCGGCUCCCGUGGUUGAACCUCUGAACCCCAGCGAGGUGAAGCCCCCCACCAGCGGGACCCGCAAAGCCCGGGUGCUCUAUGACUACGAAGCGGCAGACAGCAACGAGCUCUCCCUCCUUUCCGAUGAGAUGAUCACUGUGUACAGUCUCCCAGGAAUGGACCCUGACUGGCUCAUUGGAGAGAGGGGGAAUAAAAAAGGCAAGGUUCCAGUCACCUACUUAGAACUGCUGAGUUAAACAUGUCCGGCAAGGACUCUUCAAGCAAAUCAGAACCCCCCUUUUCAUUUUUUUUUUUUUGUAAAGGCUGAAACUAAUUCAUUCUGAGAUCACUUCUCCCACUAUUUAUUAUUAUUAUCAUAUUAUUAUUAUUAUUUUGGGCUCCUGAGAUGUGUGGAUGAAGGCCCUAAAGGUGUGGUGGUGAAUUGCUUCUGUUCUCCAAGGUUUCCGAGACUCCUCCAUUCGUCCUGGUCGGCUUUGAGAAUCGCUGGGAGAUGCUGGAAGGCCCCACCAGUGUUUGUUGUGGAUGGCGGAGUGGGGGGUCAUGAGGACUAGUCUUUUUAGAGACCCUCCCUCCCUCCCUCCCCCACCAAAUGGACUUUCCAGAAUUCAGGUGACUUAAGGGGUGUCUUUUUCUUACCCUUCGUUUCUCCCAUUUCCCUUGGCCCAUUUUUUUCUGAGUCUUGCUUCGAUCGAUUUUAGACAUUCCGGGGGGGUUGUGUGGGGAGAGAAACGGGUUUCUUUCUGACUGCAGGCCGAGCCCCCCUUCGCCCACCUGAGUGCAUUCUCAAACUCUCAGCCCGUAUGAAAAGAAAUCUUUAGCGUUGGGGGCAUCUCUUUGAGGACACAUUCCCCAUCCAGCAAAUCUUUCUGAAUUAAAUCAGGAAAGCAGACAGGAUUAGCGACUUUAAAACCCCAUAGGUUUCUUGAAUGGUCAAGCUUCGAUUACCAGUCCCGCCUACGUGUUUCUUCUGUACUGCCUAUACGUGUGCAAACACACACACACACACAUCUGCAGAGUGAGGAGCCCGGGCUUGUCGAGUAUCUUCACACCCCUUAGCUCAGUCCUUGGGGCGCUUCUCCUCCUGAACUCGAAGCCAUAUGUAGAGCCAGUGUAUCUAGGACAGAGCAUGGAACAGAUUAAGCCAGCCGUCCCGUUGCGUGGGGCCGGGUGGUUAAAUGCUUGACCGGCUUCGCUCUUUGUGCUUUACGCUGAUGUAAGGUUGCAGAACGCUCCCGUAAGUGUAUAUUUUUACUGACUUGCAGACAACUCCUUGCUUGCCAAUCAGUCUUGGCCUGUUCUCCGUGUGGGCUUUAUUCCCCCCCCCCCGAGUUUAAUCUUAGAACAGCCAUAUGGGGCUAGGUGACUUUGCCCCCUCUGGAGAUCUAUUCCAGGCUGGCAACAGAAACGAUUUCUGAAUUCUGUGAGGUUCUCAAGGAACCCUUCUCAGAGGACUGAGCUGAACCCACAGUAGGUCCAGGCUGCCAACUCUGUUGGUCAGAUGUUCGGCAGGUAGAAGACCCCGACUCUUGCCGGCGCGAUCUUUGGGCGGAAGAUGCCGUUGUUUUCCCAAGCCAGUUGUUAAAAAAGGCUUCCAAGGAAUCAGUGGAGGUAGCAUCUGGUGGAGUAGAAAUCAUGAACCCUGGAAAUAAAGGUUGAGUCACCAGCUGCCCGUGCAUCAGUAGGGAUAUUCCCCAGCAUAAGACAAACACCUUACUGUCCUUUUCUUUCAAGAGCAAGUUAUAGAUGUUCUUCCUGUGUGCUCGGUUUAAAGCUUGUGCACGGUUUCCCCCAAUUCAAAGGGAUUUCUCCCAAGCGGGCGGCGUCUUUGCCUCCUCUGGUGCUUGUCACGUAACCCUGGGCUGAGUCAGGAACGCUUCUGCCCACCGGGGCCACGGACUCUGGAAAUACGUGGAGCCUCACCAGGAGGGAGGGACCAGAGCCCGUUUCUCUGCAGGGCGGCCUCUGGCGGACUCGCCCAUCUUUCCUUGCAGCUGUUUGUAUUCUGUGACGGUUCUGCUUUUUCUUUGCCGAGUUCCUUUAAAAACUGCAGAUUUUUGAAGUGAGCAAAGAGCUCAGAUGUAAAGGAGAUGUCCGAUACUCUUGUUACUGCUAUCUUUGAUUAAUAAAAAGUUAUAGCUGC